AUGGCCGUCCUCAAGCACUGCGUCUGGCUCCUCUUUGCCGCCGGCAACGCUGCCCUUACCUCUGCCAAGACCACAACCCACAACUUUACGCAGACGGCGAUCGACAAUGGCGAUGCUCUCAACCAGCUCUCAGCGCAGGCUCUCGAGGCCUCAAAGGCCCUGAACCAGCGGAUGGGUAUCAACUCGACCUGCACGCCUGAAAAGCUGCGCGUACGGAAAGAAUGGAGAACAAUUCCUGCCGAAGAGCGCAUGGCGUACGUCGCCGCGGUCAAGUGUCUUCAGUCUUCCCCCAAUCUGUUGAACGCCACGGAGCUUCCGUCUGCAAAGUCAUUAUACGACGACUUUGUUCUGACCCAUCUCAACCAGACUGGAAUGAUUCACAUUACGGGAACCAACUCAAAUCUGAUUACCCGCGCAACAGGAACCUUCCCCUACUGGGAAUGGGGUUUCGAUGUCGAAGACCCAGCCAAGUCCCCUGUCUUCGACGGCUCAGAGACUUCCAUGGGAAGCAACGGCGCGGCCACCGAGCACCAGGGCAUGCACCUCCUCCAGAGCUUCACCAACACCACCAUCAUCCUAGAGCCCGGCUCGGGCGGCGGCUGCGUGGAGACCGGACCCUUCUCCGACAUGGUCGUCCACGUCGGGCCCAGGCUGCUAUGGCAGUACGGCACCACGACGCCACUGACCGUCGACAAGCCGACAGAUGACCAUCCUCGCUGCCUGAAGCGUGAUCUUAACAAGCACAUUGCUUCCCGAUACGCUUCGCUGCGGAAUACCACUGAGCUGAUCCUCGGUAAUGACAACAUUGAGUGGUUCCAGGCGGUUAUGCAGGGUGAUGACAGGUAUACGCCGGGCAGCGAGGUCGGCGUUCACGGAGGAGGUCACUACACGAUAGGAGGCGACCCCGGCGCGGAUCCCUUCAUUUCUCCUGGCGAGCCCGCCUUCUUCCUGCACCACGCCCAAAUCGACCGCGUCUACUGGAUCUGGCAGAUGCUUGACUUUGCCAACAGACAGGACAUCUUCGGCACCAGGACAUUGCAAAACAACCCGCCGAGCGCAAACGCUACCUUGGACGACCUCAUUGACAUUACCCCCAUUGGCGGAUCGGCUAAGCUCAGAGACCUGAUGAGCACUGUCGGAGGAUCGCCGUUCUGCUACGUCUAUGAGUAA